CCGCUCGGCAUCACAUCUAAUCUCAGUGUGCCGCGAGACUUCGAAGAAGAGGUCUGUCGCUCCCUGUGGCUCUUGCUUCAGUUUGACUCGAGGAGUGUUUCAGAACGACCUGAGACAACAAACGACUGAGUAGAUGUUGUUAUUAUUCUGAAAUCAUUUAACGGUCGUUCAUAAGAUACAGUGUGGCGAUGAUAGUGAGUGUCAUGAAAACUAAUGGAUUGCACACGGAAAUGUUUUGAUUCCUAAUCGAUCCGCAAGGAAUGAGAACAGGUCCUUUCAGAGGCAAAAUAAAAGUGGCAACAGUUAUUCUUGAUUCGACAUAAAGAGUCUGAUCGUUGCGAACCGCAGUGAAAUCGAGUGAGUCGCGCGCGCACCAAGGAGCGACUUCACACAUGGACGCACCUAACGGGCCCUCCCCCCGCCGCCCGCCCCCCUGCGCGGCCUAAGCACACACGAAGGCCGAAGGAGCAGCCCGAGGACGAGCCUCGAGAGGCGAAGAGAGGAGGCGGCUCCUCGCGAGACGUUGACCCGAGCCCAGCGAAGUGAUGGUCCAGUGACGUCACUCUCCAAGACGCCGAGGGAUUCGAACCGCGAAAUGGCUGCGUCCAGGGCCCCGUGCUGGCCCUCGAGGAGCACGUCUCGAGUGGCACUCGUCGCGUCGCUCCUCGCGACCCUGACCGCCUGCUGCUCUGCCUCCAAGGUCGUCCUCCGCAACAACGGCUACGAGGGCGUGGUGGUGGCACUCGAGGACGACCUCCCGUCAUCGCUCUGCCAGGACAUCGCGCUGGGACUCGAGCGCACCGUCCGCGCCGCGUCCGCAGUGCUGUUCGCGGCGACUCGCGGCCGCGCAAGUUUCCGCGACGUGACGGUGUUGGUGCCGUCGUCGUGGGGCCCCUCGCCGCCGUGCCCUGCCCUGGGCACACUGGGCGACGCAGCAGGAGAGAGCUGGGAGGCGGCGGACCUGCGGGUGAGCAAGGGGCGCCACCCCCAGCACGGCGCGCGCCCCUGGACGCUCCACUCCCGCGGCUGCGGCCACCGCGGCGACUACGUCUUCGCUCGGACACAGCAGCCUCACGACCAACGCGUCGGCGCUCGCAGGUACGUCCUUCAGUCGGUGUUGCUGCGGUUCUCAUCCAGGCCCGGGCGCCCCGCGCUCCUCCGUCUCAAGGGACAGGGGGGGGGGGGGGGGUCCUGCCCACAUCAGGGCUCCAGGGACACCACAGGCACUCACUUCCCCCCGGAGGGCAGAGGUUGUGGCUCUGGCAGGUCGCCCGUAAGGCCAGCCUCCAGAGGAGCUCUUCCGGGAGGCGGGAUUAUUCCAGGUCGUGGAACUUCCUCGACGCUGCGAUCAUUAGAGUAUAAAACACCAGGCACUGAGACGCCAUUCUCGCUCUUCGAGCCACCUGGGCAUAAGAGCGGGAUUGCUCUUCCUCUGAGAAGGGGCCGGGAGGAGGGCAAAGGCUGGAUGGCGGGCGGCCCCUACCGCGCCUCGGCUGCUGACGGCGAGGUGCUGCGCCUCCGAGAGGGACCCGCGCGGCCGAAGAUGCCCUUGGUUCAAGGCCACGUGUUUGGCGCCCAUGCAAGCACAAUCGCCGACAAGACUCUCCUGACACAAUCUGAACCCCUCAUGAUAAGAACAGAAACGAAAAUCAGAUCACUGCGAAGGGCGCGAGCAAGAGAGAGGCUAGGAGGCCCCACGAGAGCCAGCCCAGAAUCCUCUUGCAGCGUCAGGCAGGCUGAACGGACGCAGGCAGACGGAAGCGGAGAUCAGCCUGCAUUUGCCUCUGUAGGAUGUCGGCAGCUGGCGCGGGCGUGGCUGGAGUACCGCUACGGCGUGUUCGACGAGGCGGGCGCGCAGGGCAGCGCCGCCCACCCGCCGCACUACCGCGCCCCCGACGGCGCCUGGAAGCCCAACGUGUGCACCAACCUCCCCGCGGUCGCCAACGCCGCCUGCGACCCCGCCAACCUCACGUGCCCCUUGGCGGUCGGGCGGCGCGGGGAGGCGGGGCCGGAGGGCGAGGAGGCGGACGCAGGGCAGGAGGAGGGCGAGGCGAAGGAGGCGGUGAAGGAGGACGCGAAGGAGGUGGAGGAGGAGGCGGAGCGCGGCGAAGGCAGGUGGGGCGGCGGGGCCACGUCGAUCAUGGGCCUCCCGGGCCUGCUGCAGGUGACGCAGCUGUGCGACGAGGGCAGCCACUCCCGCGAGGCGCCCACCCGCCACAACCUCCUCUGCGGCGGCCGCUCCGUGUGGGAGGUGCUGAGGGCGAGUCCGGACUUCCAGAACAAUCGGAACGUCGAGGGGGCGCUGGCGGAGAGCGGCGUCGCCCUGCGCUACGUGCGCGCGCAGCCGCCCAGGAUCGUUCUUCUCGUCGACGACACGGACGUGAUGAACGUGCAGAAACGGUGGGAGUUCGUCCGCAAGGCUGUCCGCAAGGUGGUCACCUACGACGUCCCCGACGGCCACAGCGUCGGCCUCGUCGUGUUCGACUCCGCAGCGGCCACCAAGUACCCGCUGACGCGGCUGACGGACGGCGCCACGCGGGAGAAGGUGGGGUCGUCCCUCCCCCGGAACCCCUCGCAGGAACCGCGCCAUAAGCGCUGCCUCCUGUGCGGCCUGCGGGAGGCGCUGCGGAUGUUGCGACAGGACGGGCCAGGUGGCGGCGCGGGCCACGUAGUGCUAGUGACGGCCGGCGGUGGAGAGCCCCUGGACGCCGCCCGCGCCGACGAGGCGUCCCGCGCCCUGACCGCGGCCGGCGUCGUGCUGCACGCCAUCGUGUACCCGCUGACCGAGAAGUACCCGACGCCGGGCGGCCUGGAGACCGUGGCGGCGCUCAGCGGCGGCCGCACCUACAUCGUGCCCGACCAGGGCAUCGGCGCCGACUCCAAGCUCAGCAUGUACUACAACUUGCUGGACUCUCUGUACACGGCGCUGGCCGGCGUGACGGGCCCGUCCGUCCUGCCGGUGAAGGUGCACGCGGCGGAGCACCCCGGGGGGCGCGUGGCCGUGUCCCAGGGCACCUUCGCGCUGGACCCGCACUUGGGCGCCGACACCGUCUUUGCCAUCUUCUACUAUCACGUGACCCACGUCGGCAACCUCAUCCACCUGGUCAGCCCGCAGGGGCAGGUCAUCGACACGGCCAACAUGCAGAAGGAGGACGCCAACAUCAACAUGAUCACCGUGAGGCUGGCGGAGGCGCAGGCCACGGCGGGCCAGUGGCACUACAAGGUGGAGAACAGGGCAGACUCCCACCAGGCGCUCUACGUGCAGGUCACCUCGCGCCCGCGCGCCCGCACAGGCGCCCCUCACGUGGCCGUGCGCGCCUGGACCAGCCACCCGCUGUCACUGGUUAACGCUAGCGACAUCUCGCGCCCUCUGGCGCUGUUCGCCGAGGCGAGGGUGGGCGUGGCCCCCGUCGAGGGCGCCAAGGUCACGGCCACCGUCACCCGCCUCGGCUACACGGACAACGGCACCCUGCACGAGCCCCACGAGGUCGCCCUGUACGACGACGGCCUCACAGGUCCCGACAUGGCGCGCGCAGACGGCGUCUACUCCCGCUACGUGCCGGGCCUCGCCGCCGCCAAGUACAGCGUGCGGGUGGACGUGGAGGGCGAGGUCGAGGGCGAGGUGUUCACUCGCCACGUGCGUCUGGGCGUCGUGGAUGUGGUGGGCGUCCUUCCCGCACUCGACGUCAUUCCUCCCGCCCGCGUGGUGGACCUGCGGGCGUCCGUCCUGGCAGGCAGCGGCGGCCGCGUGGCCUUCAGCUGGACGGCUCCGGGAGGCGACCUGGACUACGGCGUGGCCGAUCGCUACGUGGUGAUGGCGUCCCGCGACCCCGCCCAGCUCCGCGAGGGCGGCGGCCGCCUGCUGGAGGGCUGGCCGGCGCCCCUGCCUGCUCCCGCCCUACAGCAGCACACUCUGCUCUGGCCGGACUUCGGCGUCGUGCACUACGUGGCGCUGUAUGCGGUCGACGAGCAGGGCAACACGGGCGCCCUCAGCAAUGUCGUGAGCGUGUUCGUGCCUGCGCCGCCCUCGACCACGCCCGCGCCUCCGCCCUCGCAGCCCCCGGCGCCCCCCGCCAACACGUCGGCCGUGAGGGAGGGAGGCGCAGGCGAGCCAGUGCUGGCCGCCCUGGACACGCGCCAGCUGGCCGUGGUGUUCGGCUGCGUGGGCGGCUUUGUGGCCCUCGUAGCGCUCGUCGCCUGCUACUGCCUGGCCGCCCACCGUCGCCAGCGCAGGUCGGCGCAGGCCAAGAAAGCGCAUGAGGCUUACGCCGUGGCGGCGACCACCCCCGCUAAGUUGGGGCCGCCGCAGGACUUCCCCGACGGCGGCAAGGCCCCCGCCAAAGACGCCCUCGGCAAGGACUACAUGAGCCCCGUGGAGUCGUGGUCGGCGUCGCAGCUGCUCAGCAGCCGCCACGACCCGAAGCGAGGCAGCCUGUCGGCGCGCUCCGACGACGCCUCCGACCACAGCGCCUCCACCAAGAAAAGCUACGGCGACUCCUCGGCCGCCAACGACUUCUACGCCGACACGAGCGCUUACCCGUACCGGCACGACGCCUUCCUCGGCCACUACCCGGGCCCCGCCACGGACGGAUACCCCGCCCCCUCCGAGGGCUACCCGACCACGCCCACAGACCUGUACCCGAGCGAGGGCUUCCCGGCGGCCGCGGAGGCGCGCCCCUACGUGAGCUCCCCGCCGUCCGAGUCCUUCCUGUCCGUCUCGUGCGAAAUGCUGCCGCCCUCGCACGGCCCGCCGGCCUACGCCGCCUACCCCUCCUACGACGCCUCCUCAGUCCUCACCUCCUCCAAGGUGCCGCCCCCCAUCCCCCCUAAGCCCAAGUUGGUCUACACGCCCGAGCCCUACAUCUACGACGCCCACGCCCACGACGCCCCCGUGCCCGCGUCGCUCCUCGCCGCCGAGAAGAGGGUGCGGAACGUGACGAUGGUCUAGUGGCCUCGCGGGGCGCCCUCAGGAGCGCGGCGGCGUCAGGUGGAAGGCGCCCUGCCCGCCGUGCUCUGCUGGAAUAGACGCCCACAUCGAACAAGGAGAGAAAAUACGGAGGCACAAGUAAGGUAUCCGACCUCAUUAUCUUAACAUCGGACGACGAACGCCACUAGAGGUAAGGGAGGCUGCAGUGGCACGGGCGAGGGGUCCCCGGCGCUCGUGCAGGAGGACGGCCUCUUCGCUCCGUCUCGUUGCUCUUUCACGGGUGAAGUGAGAGAGAACUGGACUCGCGCAAGUCGAGUGAAGCAAGUCGAGUGAAGCAAGUGAAGGCCCCCGGCUGCUCCGGGGGCCUUCAAAGACCAGGCAACUUGUUGCAAGAAAAACAAAAACAAAUGUUCAGCAAUGUGCAUUUUAUGUUAUUAUUGUUAAAUAUCAUCGUUAUCAUCCUUUUAUAUUUUCUCCUUUUCGACUUCCUCUUUCUCACGCGAAGUUGGCUCUGCCGAAGGUCACCCUGGCCGCUGCCUUGGGACUGAACGUGUAACUGGACGUGUAGAUAAACGCUGAACGGUCAAGAGCGAACUGACAGGUAUGACCUCAGUUCAAGUCCUCCCCCCCCCCCCCCCCCCCGCCUUUGUCGUCUGUCUCGUGAGAAGAGCCUUCGUGUAUCGUAUCUGUGAUGACCGCGGGUGCGGCCGCAUGCGGAUCCCGCGGCCCUGUGACUCUGACUCCGCCGUCCGAUUAGCGCCGAGCGAGGAUGCGCUGACGCUAGAGAGAAACUGUGUAAAGAGUGAGCAUUUAUCUCAAAUGUAAAUAUUUUUUCAUUUAAGUGCAAAGGAAAGAGUCUAAGAAGUCUCAUGUACCAUUGUAUAUAUUUAUUGUAUUAUAAUGUAUAAUUAUAUACGAAGUUGUUUUUGUCUUUAUAUACAAAAUAAUAUAGUAUGUAAAGUGUGAAUGAAAGUAUGUGCUGAUAGCUAUCUAUAUAUGUAUAUGUAUGUGUGUGUUUUAUACAGUAUUAUAAAAAUAUUGUUUUCCAAUUAAGAUUCUCUUUUGUAAAUAAAUUGUUUGCCGUUUA